GCCUGCUCCGUGGAGCUCGCGAGCCGGCGGCUUGGCAGAGCGAGGGGGAUCCUCGGCGUGCCUCCGAACCUCAGUGCCUGGACUGUCGCCGCCGCCCCGCGCGCCGAGACCCGCCACCCCAGACCCCGACUCCUUUUGGCUCGGCCCGCGCGCCCCAGGCCCGGCUCGGGCGGCGCGGCGGGAGGAUGAGCGGCGGGCGGCGGAAGGAGGAGCCGCCUCAGCCGCAGCUGGCCAACGGGGCCCUCAAGGUGUCCGUGUGGAGCAAGGUGCUGCGGAGCGACGCGGCCUGGGACGACAAGGAUGAAUUUUUAGACGUGAUCUACUGGUUCCGACAGAUCAUUGCUGUGGUCUUGGGUGUCAUUUGGGGCAUUUUGCCCUUGCGAGGCUUCUUGGGAAUAGCAGGAUUCUGCCUGAUCAAUGCAGGAGUCCUGUAUCUCUACUUCAGCAACUACCUACAAAUCGAUGAGGAAGAAUAUGGUGGCACAUGGGAGCUCACCAAAGAAGGGUUUAUGACUUCAUUUGCCUUGUUCAUGGUCAUUUGGAUCAUCUUUUACACUGCCAUCCACUAUGACUGAUGGCCUUUGCUCCCAUCUCUUCUGUCCAGUCCAAAGGACCCUUUUAUUAGAGCACAGAUACACGCUUGUUGGGGCACUCACGCCACAUGGAACUGAGAAGACCCAUGUCUCUUGGAUUUAGAAUCAGCGUGUUGGGCAUCGGCGUUUUCUGCAAGGGUUGUGAAACUUUUCAAAGAACCAUCUGCCUUUGGGGAAGCAUUUCUGAAUUUGUCCAUCAUCAACCAUUUUUCUUGGAUACCAUCAUGUAACAGCUGUUUGCCAAGUGGAGCUGCUGUUUAAUCUAAUGCGCCUCUGGAUCCGGAUGAAACAUUAAAUUGUCUUCCUUAGUUCUC